AUGGAUGAUUCUCGCCGAGUAAAUGUUCAUCUAAUUGAUGGUGGAGUGAGACAUGAAUUUAAUCGAAUAAGGAUUGAGUCAACUUGUGUUGUUUGGAAUCCAAUUUAUCAUGAUCUUUUUGCUUAUUCACCUCGAAAAGACCAUGUUGUUGUCAAGAGGAAAUCACAGUCAAAUAUUUGUUGGAAGAUCAACUUGGAGAACGUUGCUCGAUGCUUUUUCUCGAGUUCAGUCUCGUGCACGCUAAAAUGUUUGACCUGGAGCCCGGAUGGAAAUGUUUUAUGUGUGAUAACAAAGCAGGGAGAAUUUUUCUUGUUCAAUACCGAAUUCGGAAAUUUGCUUUUCAGCUGGAGAGUGAUCCCAGAAGACGACAAAAUCACAACAGUGAUUAACGUAAAAUGGGAAUCCGGACAUCUCUUUGGAAAACAUUUUAUGAAAGACACCCGAAAUGGAUAUCUUGGCCACAACUUGGAUUGGAUUCCAUCCAAAUCAACAACAGAACGGUUGGAAGAAAGAUCGAAAAGAAAGAUCGAGGAAUGCUAUGAAUUGUUGAGAUCUCAUAAAAAGUCGAUCAAUAACACGUUUCUUUUGAUUCACCUUGAUGACAAUUCAAUUGUUGUCCUAGCUGCUGGUAUUCUUCAACUUGCUGUCAUUCGACCACCACAAGAUUUCUUCGAUUCAAACGGUCUGUAUUUGAUAGGAAUCGAUGAUUUUCAAAUGAUGAAAGGAUCGGUCAAAUCACCGAACGAUGGAUAUACGUUAAUAUUAUCAUGUACAUCACAAGGACUUCCACCUGCAUGCGCAAAAGGAGGAAAAAUAGGCUAUUCUCUGAAUGAGACAGUAGAAAAGGCGAGUGAAACCCGAACAAUGACGGUCACUCAUCUUUUGGGAAUAAAUUUGGACUUUGGAUCGAUUCCCGAUGAGAAACUUUGUAAACUCACUGAAAGCUUUGCUCGUCUUUAUGUUUUUUAUUUCGCAAUCUCUGAAAUCUACCAAUGUUUUCAGGGUGGAUGGGAUCAUGAAUUGGAGAAAAUAUCCAAUAAAUUCAACGAAGGCGAAGCUGGAUCAAUUCAUUUCGGUUUCGAGUUACUCUAUUCAAUUUAUGCUGGACCACAGUUUGAGACCCAACAAUUUUUCGAGCGAACAUGGGGUGGUUCGGUGGCAAACGAAUUUGUGGAUUUCUACACUAAAAAGAUACCAAAAAUAAUUGCCUGGAUACCGGGUGCUUUCGUUCCAUAUUCGGAAUCAUUACAAUGCGAAUCAACGACAUUUAUCGAUUUGAUGGAAUUGAUUCUAUCACCUCCUCCUGAAGAAAUUACGGGAGAUUAUGGCAGACAGAUGAUCGAACUUGCCGAAUCAAUUGAAGAUUCAGACGAUGAAAAUAGCUUAGACUUUGAAGAUGGAGAUGAAGAGAAAGAAGAAAACGAAGAAGAAGAAAAAGAGAAAAACGAUACCAAAAAAGAAGAUGAUGAUGACGAUAAAAGGACAGAAAAAGAUGAAACGGAAGAAGAAAUUGGACCAGAAUGGGCAAAAAUGUUUAGAAGAGCUACUGAGACAUUGAUCUAUUCGGUGAAAAAUCUUAAUGAUGCUGUUGUGGAGAAUUGCGAUGACCUGGAGAAGUGCAUCGGAGCAAUUACACGGCUGGCUUUUCGUGAUGUGAAUAGUUUCUUGUCAUUUGGUUCAUCGACUGAAGCUGAAAUUCCAACAAAAAUGGAGAAAAUUCAAAAAUUAUCUCUAUUCUGUAUUCGAGGUUUCAUGGGAUAUGAUCUUCUUGAAGCUGCUGAUUCAGUCCUCCGUUGUUUCUUUCCGAUCGAUAAGUUCGAUGAAUAUCGUCUCAAUAUUAAUCCGGAAAAUGAAAAAGAAUUGAAGGAUAGUGCACAUUGGAUAAUUGAUAAGAAGGGGGUAUUAACACUGACCUAUCCUCCACUUAUUCCACCAAGAGAAGUUAUCAAUUUGAAUAAGGUACACUCAUUCAUUUCGGAAAUGCAAGUCGAUCCAACGGUUGUUUAUGGAAAUCGAGAAAUUCCAACAGUGAAGAAAUCGUUCACAGAAACCACUGAAUCGAUCAAAUAUCUACAAUCUGGAUUGUUCAUUGAAAAAUUCCCACAAAACCAUCUAGAAUGGGUUCACGAAGUGCAUUCCGCUGAGGAUUUCUUUGGCUGGGAGCGUUUCAUUUUAAAGAAAGAAAUUCUUCCCAACGAUCGGGAUGGCUUAUUAAUUUGUGAAAUUCAAAAGGGAAUCGAUUUACCCAAUAUUGCGAUUGCAUUCGGAGAAGAAGUGGACAUUAAUUCAUUCGAGACUGAUUCAUUCACCGAAAUCUCCACGAUGAAAAUUUUUAAAAUCGACCAGAUAACUCCAACUAACUUAGGAAUAGCUUUGGUUGCUUUGAUGGGUCGAGAUGAAGCGAAUGCAGAAAGAAAACUUUGUUUACUUGAUACACUAACAGCUGAUCUUCUUGUGGGAAUGUCUGAUCGUCUCGAAAUGGCUGAUGACCAAAUGAUUGCUUGUGAGAAAUCUUGUGGAAAUUGUAUUAUCAUUUGUGAUUCGGGACAUCGUUUUCUGUUCACAGAUUUUCUUUCAAUGGCAUCAAGUUAUCUGAUGGAUCAGCAAAAAGAAAAUAGUUCU